AUGAUCUUGACACCCGCGGGUGCACCUCCUUCACUGUGCUCUGCUCCAGGGGAGGCAUCCUCAGCAGUAGCAAAUCCCGCACAGAGUCCUGCAACAGUACCACAACCACAAAGGCCUCUUCUCGACAUAUCAAACUCGCCUACAGGUCGACGCAUACAAGGCGGAGAAGAUAGCGUAGGAGACACCUUAUUCCUUGAAACGCUCAAAGUGCCGACUGUGAUACUCGAAACCCCGUCCAUCUCGCAUACUAUGGCCGCCGCUCUCUCCCUAUCCCUUCUGGGCCACACACUCUUCCUGAAGAGUCAAGUGCCCUUUCCCAUCGCCCAACUCUCGCGCAUGCCCGGCGGCAAGAGCAACCCCAAGGCCGCCAAGAAGCGCGACGAGCUCCUCGCCACAUUUGACACCCUCGCGUCCCACCUUCAGACCACAUUCGUUGCGAUCUCCACCGCGUACGCCAAAUGCAAGUCUGCGACGAGCGACGAGAACGGACACAUCAGGGAUGUCGCGAGGCCUAGCCGAGGAACGGCGCACCUGAUGUUCGUCUUUGGUCCAAGCGCGAACGCUGCGCGCGCUCGUAUUGUGCUCACUAUUGAUGGCUUGGACGUCAAGGUGUGGGGAGUGCGACCAUGCGAUUCGUUAUCCCGUGACGAUGACGAUGUCGACGGCGAGGAAGACAGUGAUGAGGACAGCCAACGAUCAGCAGAGGUCUCUGAGGAGGAAGGGAGCGACUCGGAAGACGACGCGAGCGAAGAAGACGACGUGAGCGACGUAGAAUCGUUUGGUUCGGAUUCUGGGUCAGGUCCUCCACCAUCCCGCUCCCCUUCUCCCUUACCCCCAAACCCAUCCACGACUUCACGCGAUGCAUCCCCUGCACCGGCACCUACGCCAGAGCUGACAUAUGCGGAGGAACAGCAAACGCUCCGCGCCGCCGAGCGCCUGCUCUCGCGCACGCUGAUGAACGCGUGGGUGGACGGCGAAGGGGACAUGUCUAGCGAGCUCGCUCCGACGCAAACUCACCUGUUCCUCCGCGCCCCCCGACGAUUCGCACACCCCGCCUGGGCCGCCCGUCAGAACCUGACGCGCGCGUUGGACGGCGUACUAGCCAGCUUCCUCGAAGACGCGGGCGCUCUCCCAGUGCCCCCAGCUGCGAGGCCCAAGUCCAAGUCUAAAGGCGUGCGCACCGAGGGCGCGUGGAUCGGCUGCAGGGGCGGGUCCGCUUACGCUGCAAAAGCGCAGAUCAGCUCGUCUGUGGGGCGCGGGGCGGAUGUGGAGGACUCGACGCUGGGCAGGGCGGACGAGGAGGACGAGGAGAUCUGGUGGGCUUGGGAGGGCAAGAUCGUGGGCUUUGCGGAUUGGUGA